GACGCGACUUUACCUUUUGACACCUAUCGUAGCACUUGCUAAAAAAAAAAACCCGGUAGAGGAAUAAAACUACAACGUGACGUUUCCAAGCACACCGAAGGAAUGGCUGGCGAAGCUCGUCAGCUUCGACACCACCUGCACCACUCAAUCGAACCUGCCGCUUGCCUACUACGCCCGUGACUACCUCGAGUCCCUCGGGCAGAAGCCGAAGAUCGUCUACAGCCCCGACAAGAAGAAAGGCCACCUCUUCUGCACCCUGCCCGGUGCGAAUGGCGCGACCAACGGUGGUAUCAUUCUUUCUGGUCACACCGACGUCGUCUCCGUAGUGGGGCAAAAGUGGGACACGGACCCGUGGACUCUGACGGAGAAGGAGGGCAGGCUCUACGGCCGUGGUGCCUCCGACAUGAAGGGCUUCCUUGCCGUGACGUUAUCACUUCUCCCGACGUUUCUGUCUGUGAAGCGCGCCAAGCCCAUUCACAUUUGAUUUUCUUACGACGAAGAAAUGGGGUGUACCGGCAUCCCGUCGCUGAUUGACUACAUGAAGAAGAACAACGUGAAAGCGGACGUGUGCCUCGUCGGCGACGGCAACUACGCGCUGCGGACGGGUAACAAAGGCCACUCACAGUGGAGGUGCACGGUGAAGGGCAAAGCAAUCCAUUCCUCCAUGGCGCUGAUGGGCACCAGCUGCAACGCCAUCGAAUACGCCGCGAUGAUCAUUACAACGGUGCGGGAGAUGGCGAAGGAACUUAAGGCACACGACGCACGCGACCAUCACUACCGCUGUCCCUAUUCCGCCAUGUCGACGAAUCUUAUCCAAGGUGGCAACGCCGUGAACACGGUGCCGGCCGAGUUUGUGUUUGAGUUCAGCCUGCGCGUGUGGAAUUCGAAGGUGCUGGGCCGCAUGGACGCGCGUAUUCGUCAGUACAUCAACGAGGUGGUGGUGCCGGAGAUGCGCAAGGAGUACGCGGAGGCGGCGGUGGAACUGGACACCUACAAUACGUGUCCUGGCUUCAAUGCUGAUGAGUCUGCACCUUUUACCAAGCUGGCGAGGCGGGUCAUGGGCACGGACCAGAUAGUAAAGAGUGACGGUACCACGGAGGCAGGAUACUUUCAGGAACGUUUGGGUGUACCGACAGUGAUUAUCGGCGCCGGCACUGCACGCGCGCACGAGGCGAACGAGUACACGUCGGUGGAAAACCUGAUGAACUCGCACCGCGUCACGCUUCAGCUGGUGACCCUCUGCACCGAAACUGACAACCCGUUCGAAUCGCAUCUGUGA